AUGAAGUUGUUCAACCAGCGCUACUUGGGCUUUCGUGGCCUCAAGCUCAACAUCGCAAUUGGUAUCAUUGCCGGGAUUGAUUUCUUGCUAUUCGGCUAUGACCAAGGUGUUAUGGGAGGCCUUUUGACGCUACCAGCCUUCACGUCCGUCUUCCCAGAGAUCGAUACAACCAAGGAAGGCUUGCAAGGCCUGAACCAAAGCCAAGCCAACCAUCGGUCAACGAUUCAAGGCAUUUCUAUCGCGUCGUACAAUCUCGGCUGUUUCUGCGGGGCUAUUGCUUGCAUCUGGAUCGGUGACAUCCUUGGACGACGCAAAACCAUCUUCCUGGGAUCUUCUAUCAUGGUUGUUGGUGCCACCCUCCAAGCAACUGCGUUUAGUCUACCACAUUUGAUCGUUGGACGGAUCAUCACCGGCAUGGGGAACGGUCUCAACACUUCCACCGUCCCCACCUGGCAAUCUGAAUGCUCGAAAUCUCAUCGAAGGGGUCAACUGGUCAUGGUGGAGGGUGCGCUCAUCACUGGCGGCAUUGCCCUCUCGUACUUUUUGGAUCUAGGCACGUCGUUCAUUCACAACCAAGCAUCGUGGCGGUUCCCUAUCGCCUUCCAGAUCGUUUUUGCUGUGAUCAUACUCUGUUUCAUCCUAGAGCUACCGGAAUCCCCAAGAUGGCUCAUCUUGAAAGGUAGAGAAGAAGAGGCUGUCCAGGUUCUUGCGGCUCUAUCCGACAAGCCAGCCGACGACAAGUAUAUUCUUUCCGAAUUCGCAGCUAUCAAGGACACAGUGCUUGAACAAGAGAAGGCAACGUUCCGCGAUCUGUUCACCAUGGACGAAAACCGACAUUUCCACCGUGUGGCUCUCGCGUAUGUCAACCAAGUCAUGCAACAGGUCUCGGGAAUCAAUUUGAUCACCUAUUAUGCGGCUACGAUUUAUCAAAACGAGAUUGGCCUUUCGCCCUUCAUCUCCCGUGUUCUGGCGGCUUGUAACGGCCUGGAAUAUUUCCUGGCAUCCUGGAUUGCAGUCUUCAUCAUCGAAAGGGUCGGGCGUCGAAAGCUUAUGCUGUUUGGCGCCGUGGGUCAGUCGGCUUCUAUGAUCGUCCUUGCGGUUAUGACCAAGAUCGGAGGCCAGGGCCCAGGGAUUGUCGCCGCGAUGUUUUUGUUCAUCUUCAACACCUUCUUUGCUGUCGGUUGGCUCGGCAUGACCUGGCUUUAUCCGAGUGAGAUUGUGCCACUGAAAAUUCGUGCACCGUCUUCAGCCUUGUCUACGUCCGCCAAUUGGAUUUUCAACUUUAUGGUGGUUAUGAUUACUCCCGUUAGUUUCAGCUCAAUCAAAUGGAAAACCUAUUUGGUAUUUGCAGUUAUAAACGCGGCUAUGGUUCCUGUCGUAUUCUUCUUCUAUCCGGAAACUGCCUACCGCUCUCUUGAGGAGAUGGAUACGAUAUUCCACAAAACAAAGAACAUCUUCACAGUUGUAUGGACCGCUAAGAACGAGCCACACCGCUAUGGCAAACGCGGAGAAGUCUUGAUCGACUAUGAGGAGACGGGUGAACACCAGCGACGUUUGAGCAGCGUGGCGCGCCGAAGUAGCGUCGUCAGCACUCAGGGCCAAACCGAAUAUGUCUCAGAGAAAGGGGCUCACGUUGAAAAUGAAUAG